ACGACAACCCCUCUCCGACCACGAGAAAGCUGCCCAGAAAGGCAAUCGGCUCGAUUGGCGUGGCGAGGCUGAGAAGAAAUCGGCUGCAUCCGCCGAACAGUGGAUGUCUUCGUUUUGUAUAAAGGGGAGGACAGGCCGAGUGCAUGUUGUGGGACUAUAGCAUAUCUGUGAGAUCAAAAUAGUGUCUACGAAGCUACAAGAACAUUGUGAAGAAUCAAAAAGUUUGAAACUUUGAAAAAGCUGGAUCUUGAUCGAAUCGGGAAAUUUGCAUUCUCGAAGAAAAACUUUGAAGGACUCAAGAUGGCGCAGAUCAAUGGAAACAAGCCACUGAGCGCAGUGCAAAAAUUGAGGAUUAUGCUCUCUGAUCCCGCCAAGUUCGUUGUAUGUCCCGGCGUCUAUGACGGCUACACCGCACGCAUCGCAUUGGCGGAAGGUGCGGAGUGCUUGUACAUGACUGGUGCAGGAACAACAAUGUCACGGCUCGGAAUGCCCGACAUGGGCCUCGCACAGAUGUCAGAUAUGCUCACCAACGCUUCCAUGCUGGCCUCCAUCUCCCCGCACACCCCGCUCAUCGCAGACGCAGACACCGGGUACGGCUCCGCUCUCAUGGUCUCCCGCACAGUGUCAUCGUACAUCCGCGCUGGAGUCGCAGGACUCCACCUCGAAGAUCAGGUCGUUACCAAGCGCUGCGGACACCUCCGUGGCAAGCAGCUCGUCGACACAGAAGAGUUCGUAAGCCGGAUCCGCGCAGCCGUCAUGGCGCGGGAGCAGAGCGGCGGGGAUAUUGUAAUCAUUGCGCGGACGGACGCGCUGGCGGGCGAGGGCUACGCCGAAGCGCUGAAGAGGCUGCGGGUUGCCAUCGCCGCGGGCGCAGAAGUCGCGUUCCUCGAGGGCGUGACUACGCGGCAGGAAGCGGAGAGUCUCACCCGUGAUCUGGCGCCGACACCGUGUUUGUUCAACAAUGUGCCGGGAGGCGUGUCGCCGGACUUCAGUGUCAAAGAAGCACGGGAGAUUGGGUACAAGAUUGCUAUUUUCCCGCUACUAGCGCUGGAGGUCGUGUAUCCGGCUGUGCGAAAUGCAUGUAGGGAACUGUUGGAUGAGGGGAGUGUGAAGAGCGUAGAGAAGGAUGGGAAGAGAUGGGGCCCUAGGGAGCUGUUCAAUGUGUGUGGGUUGGACGAGUUGAUGGAGUUUGACCGGAAAGCUGGGGGAAAGGGCUAUGUUGAAGAUGCGUAAAAGGGAGGGGAUCAUUUGUAUUGGACUUUCAGCGAGCAUGGCUUGGAGUUCUGGGGGAUGCUUUUGUUUGUUGGAGAUUGAGUCGAUUAAGACCAUGCAUGCAUUUAGCAUACGAGUCCUAUC